AUGGACCGACUCUUCCAAUUUCUCGCCGAACAUCCAUGCUUCAAGUAUGCCACCCCCACUUGCCCCGAGUUUGUCAGCUGGCGCCUUGGUUCUAUUGUCGACGAAGCUUGCACCCCUGCCGUUAUUGUCCGACCUCGCUCUGCAGAGGAUGUUGCUGGCUUGGUCUCUGUUCUGGCAGCAAACAACCUCGCUUUUACAGUUCGUGUUGGCGGGCACGAGAUGUUCGGUCGAUCACAGACCCAUGAUGGAAUAACCAUUGAUCUGCGCGAGAUUUCAUAUAUUACUGUAGACCAAGAGUCUCAUACAGCACGUCUGGGUGGCGGUAUACUAAUUGCGGAACUGAUCAAGGAACUGGAGAAACAUAAUUUGGUUACGCCGCAUGGCCUGAUACCGAGUGUGGGGUAUGUGGGCUGGGCGACCCACGGCGGAUAUGGCCUCCUCAGUGCUCAGUAUGGGUUAGGUGCCGAUCAGAUUCUGGAAGCCAAAGUGGUAGACUGUCAAGGCGUUAUUCAAGAUGCAGAUAAGGAUAUGUUGACAGCCAUCCGAGGAGCUGGAGGAUUGCUUGGCGUUAUUGUCGAGGUUACAAUCAAUGUCUAUCCUUUAAGCCAGGUUCUCGCGGGUGUCCUCAUAUACGAGUCCAGCGACCUGGGUGCAACGAUCAAGCGCUAUAACAGUGCCUAUUCCCGGCUUAAACGGGAUGGCCUUCCCUCCGCCCUGAGCCUUUAUCAGUGUGUCAUGAAUGGCCCGGCAGGAAAAGCAAUGACCGUGCUGUUUGCGUGGGUAUCUUCGGAUCUUGAAGCUGGGAUGUCGUGGCUAUCCAAAGUUAACGCCUGGUCGCCCGUGGCAGUGUGCACAGUUUCCCCUACCACAAUGGCAGCCUUCAGCUUGGCAGCUGAGAACCUUAUGCCUAAAAGUGUAUAUGGGACCGUCUUAACAGCUAAUGUCCACGAGUUAACACCAGAGAUCGUCGAUGUUAUUGCUCUGCAUGCGGACUCGGUCUUCUGUACUCGGUCUCCGCAUUUUGUGCUCGAGAUAGCACCGAUUGUUCAAACACCGGAUCUGUUAAACGAUGCAAUUGAGUGGGGGCAGAUAUUGUAUGACGCUUUGCACAAGACAGACCCUGCGAACAUUAUGGCUUCGACAUAUCUGCCUUUGACCAGACGAGAAAAGGUAGAUAUGAGAGCGAUCUAUGGGCAUAAGCUUGAGGCUCUGAGGGAUAUCAAACAACGUGAUGAUCCGCAGAAUGUUUUCAAACAUGCGCUGGUACAACUAUGA